AGGCUGACCGAAUGUGUAUCACGGAGCUGCCUUCAUGCCCAAACGCUGCCCCGAAGUCACUGCCUCAUGAGGCAACGAGGCAACAAGUCAGCUGCCUAAGCUUUUGGACGCAGCCCUCGAUUUUUUUAUACAAGCUUCGAAGCCUCGGUGUCAAACGUCACAUCACUAAACAAAGAAAUGCAUAUAGGUUUGAAACAACCUGAGGGUUGUGUUAUUCAUAAUGGCCCCCUCCUCUUCAUCUUCCUGUUAUGGCUGUCCUAGCUCCCGGCUGUGCUCCAGGUCUUCGGUCUACACUUUGGCUCUGGGUCUGGGUUUCAUCACCUUGGGAACUAGUCGCAUCCUAUUACUAAAAUUUUCAGCUAAUGAGGAAAACAAAUAUGACUUUCUUCCUGCAUCUGUGAAUUUAAUGGCAGAGGCCAUUAAAUUAGUACUUUGUUUAGUGAUGUCAGCACGGGUGGUCAUUCGAGAGGGCCGCUCGUGGACUGGCUUUGGAUCUUUUCUUAGUUACCUGAAAUGGUUUGUUCCUGCAUUCCUCUACUUCCUUGACAACCUUAUAAUCUUCUAUGUGAUGACCUACUUGCAACCUGCCAUGGCAGUAUUAUUUUCCAAUAUUGUAAUUUUUACAACAGCCAUUCUUUUCCGGGUUGUUUUAAAGAGGCACCUGUCCUGGGUGCAGUGGGCGUCUUUGAUCAUCCUGUUCCUGUCUAUUGUCUCCUUAACUACUGGAAACAGUGAGCAACACACCAAUGCCAUACACGCUAUCCACCCGGCCCACAUUUCCAGUCCCUCAAACAGCUGUCUGAAAUACAGCCACCCUAAACAUCACAAUUCAUCAGACUGGAUGGGAGGCUUGCCACAGGAGCUGUGGGACAGCCAGCUCAUCCAGAAGCUGAACAGCUUUGGCCUGGGUUACAUCCUACUACUGCUUCAGUGCUUCAUCUCUGCGCUGGCCAACAUCUACAAUGAGAAGAUCCUCAAGGAGGGGGAACAGCUGGCAGAAAGCAUCUUCAUCCAGAACAGCAAGCUAUACCUCUUCGGUCUGAUCUUCAAUAGCCUCAUGCUGCUCCUUCACUCUGAUUACCGGGACCUGACGCUGCACUGCGGCCUCCUCUAUGGCCACAAUGUCUUCUCCAUUGCGUUGGCGUUCGUCACCGCCGCCUUGGGUCUGUCGGUGGCUUUCAUCCUGAAGUUUCGGGAUAACAUGUUUCACGUGCUGACGGGCCAGAUCACCACAGUAAUCGUCACAGCGCUGUCUCUCUUCCUCUUUGACUUUCAACCAUCGAUGGAUUUCUUCCUGCAGGCGCCUGUAGUACUGCUAGCAAUCUUUAUCUACCACAGCAGCAGAUUGAAGGAUCCAGAGUACGUUUUGCAACAGGAGAGGCUCAGGGUCUUCAAUGGCGAAGUCUUUGAGAGGUCAAGAGGGGAUGGAGAAGAGCUGGAGAGACUAACCAAGGACAAUACAGAGAGCGAAUCGGAGGAUAACUCUUUCUAAAUGUGCUAUCUGUACAUAGUUGACAUAUUUUAAAAUCAGCCUUUAUACUGUAUGUAUUAUAAAAACAGAUUGUUUUAUGUAUUAUAAAGAAUCAUCUAUUGCAUUGGUUCAGUUUCAUUAAAUGUAUGGGGUACUGUUGUUUUUAUCUAUCUUUAUAUUACCAUUAUGAGCAUGUGUAACUUUUGCAAGACAGUAUUUCUCUCAUCAUAUACUGAAUUAUUUGGUUUCUUCAUUGCUUCAUACAUAAAAGGGACAUGAUGUGAUA